AUGCCUCUCCCCAACAAAGCCGUCAAAGUCACCGGUGGCUGCUCUUGCGGCGCCGUCCGCUAUCGUAUUGACGUCCCUGCACUGGAAGAUCGCCCGUUGAACCCUCUCACCCCUCCGGCCUUUGGCAUCAAACUUCCUGGUGCCAUAACAUGCCACUGUAACGACUGUCGCAGAUCGACCAGCUCGUUCCUUGCGGUUGGCAUUCUCGACAUCCCAGCGCCUAUGCUCACUGUCUCCGCCAUGCCGCCUUCAUCUGAAUCAGACAUGUUUUCUGGUCGAAUCUUGAAUGUUCUUGCAGAUGACUAUGACGCCGCAAAAGCAGAUGCGGAUCGCCCUCCAUACGUCUCAGCCAUGGAUGUCCUCCGCGCAACAGGCGAGACCAAAACUUGGUUACGCUUCUUCCACUCCGUCAAAUGCAGUUCUGAUGUAUCCCGCAGCUUCUGUGGUCGUUGCGGAACGCAGCUAUGCUUCCAUUUCAAACUGGAGCCAGAAUACUGCGCUGAUGGGAAAUUGCCUGACGGAUGGCGGGAUUCAUUCCAUUUGUACCUGGGAACUCUGGAUCGCGAGUUUCUCGAGAAGGAUUGGUUCAACCCUCAUAGCGAAGGAAUGUUCAAGCAUGGAACCCUUCUUAGUCGAUGUGUUUCAGCCACGGCAAACGGCUUAAUGGACUUGCCCAAGAUGCAGGAGUUUGAUGGUCAGGUUACUGAGGAGGAGUUGGCAACUUUGAGAACUCAGUAG